AUGUCAGAGUCGCCUCAAUUUAUGUGUGCCAUCUGCUUAGAAGAGGGACACGAAGAGUUUGGAGAACUUCAUCCAUGCAGACACAAGUUCCACAAAGAAUGCAUCAGGCGAUGGCAUACUGGUGCUAUCGAUCUGAAGUGCCCGACCUGUAGGAUAGAAUCCGAUUCCUUGUCAUAUAAUUUCGCUGGUCGACAUGAUAUUGACCUUAAAACGGGUUUCAAGAUAAAGACAGUUAUUGAUUAUCAGAAUACAAGGCCUCCCAAUGAUGAGGUUAGACGUUGA